ACUGCACUUUUAUUGUGGAAGAAUCGACCGGAUGUUUUCAACUGCUGAUGUUUAAGCGGUAAAUGGAGCGGACUGAGGCUACAGAGUGGAGGCCACCUCGGCCCUGUGGUGACUAUUGGAGCGAAUACAAACACUGCAAAAGCAUAUGGAAUCGAUUCCACCAGUACUACACAUACGGUACAUCUCCAUCCUGCCAGCAGUGGAAGAAGGAUUACUAUAGCUGCAGAGAAUGGGAGAGUCACAGAAUCACAGAGGCCAAGGAAGCAUUAGUGCAAAGUGAAAGGAACAGAGUGGAAGAGCAAAGAAGGUUCACCCCGGUGUGGGAAGUGAGGCGAGACCCUCCCAGUGACUGGCACAUGCCCCUGAAUCAGGACAAACCUCAGGACUUCUGAACUCAUUUGAACUUUUGCUACAUUACAGCCAAAACAAAGUUGAAAGAGCA